AUGUCUUCUACAGACGGAAUGCUCAACGGCGGAGGUUCAUCCUCCAAGGCUCCCGCCCCUGCUGAGGGCAACGGAGGCUUCCAGGCCCAGCACAAGAUGGCCGUCGUACCUCCCAAGAAGGAGGAUCUCCAGCGUAGCUAUGCUAGAGUUGUCGAAGAAGAUGCCACCCCCGAUGGGUGGUACGCCCGGAUGAAGGAUACUCUCGGUGUUGUCAUCGGAACCAUGGGCGCCAUCCCUUGCUGCAUCAUCUGCCCCAACCCCUUCAAGGAAGUCCAUCAGGGCAACGUCGGUCUCGUCACCAAGUUUGGAAAGUUCUACAAGGCCGUCGACCCCGGCCUGGUCAACAUUAACCCCCUCAGCGAGAAGAUCAUCCAGAUCGACGUCAAGAUUCAGACCGCUGAGGUCCCCGAGCAGAUUUGCAUGACCAAGGACAACGUCACCCUGCGACUCACCUCGGUCAUCUACUACCACAUCGUGGCUCCCCACAAGGCUGCUUUCGGCAUCAACAACGUUCGCCAGGCCCUCAUGGAGCGUACCCAGACCACACUUCGCCAUGUCGUUGGUGCUCGUGUUCUUCAGGAUGUUAUUGAGCGUCGAGAGGAGAUUGCCCAGUCGAUUGGAGAGAUCAUUGAGGAUGUCGCCGCUGGAUGGGGUGUUCAGGUCGAGAGCAUGCUCAUCAAGGACAUUGUUUUCAGUCAGGAGCUGCAGGAGUCGCUUUCCAUGGCCGCUCAGAGCAAGCGUAUCGGUGAAAGCAAGAUCAUUGCCGCCAAGGCUGAGGUCGAAUCCGCCAAGCUUAUGCGUCAAGCUGCUGACAUCCUCAGCUCUGCACCCGCCAUGCAGAUCCGAUACCUCGAGGCCAUGCAAGCCAUGGCCAAGUCGGCCAACAGCAAGGUCAUCUUCCUGCCCGCCGCGAACCAGACCAUGGGCAACGCCCUCAACGCCGCCAUGGCCGCCAACCCGACUGGCGAGUCCAGCAGCGCCCAGGCCGAGGGCAGCUACCAAGACUUUGGAGGUCAGGACCCAGGUUUCCAACAAGCCAUGCACGCUCGCGUCGUGGAGAACAUCUAA